AAUUAAAAAAGCAAAUCAAGGAAUUAAAAGAACUUUUAGAAAAUCGUCUUUAAAAAAUUAUGAUAUAGCUAAAAUUGAAUUAAAACUAUAUAUUAUGAAUAAGUCAGCUGUAAUUAAAGAAUUAGAUGAAUUAAUCAAACAUCUCCAACAACCAGCUAUUAAUCCUAAGGAGUUAAUUAAAGUUAAGAAAAAAGCCGAAUUAGAAGCUUAUUUAAAAGAGGUAGAAAAUACUCUUAGAACAGAGAAAAAGUGUUCUCCUGAUACAAGGCAUAAUUAUUGUCAGUCUGCUAAAGAUGCUUGA